CUGUACUUCCCACCUCCAGGACUCAAGUCCAGCUAACCAGUUUCACUGAGUCCCUCCAUUAACUCAGGUCCUCACCAGUAACAUAAGAACUCUAAGUAUUAGGUCCUCUCCCUGGUUUACACUAAUAUUGACCUGUUUACCAGUUAUUUACCUGUGGUUCUUGUUUCAGGGUGUUUGAGAAAGUGGCCAUCUCUUGUGAAUACUUCAGAAACGUUUUUCCAAUCUCUUUCGUUUUGGGAUUUUACGUGACUAUCGUUGUACAGCGGUGGUGGGCCCAGUACAUGCUCAUCCCCUGGCCUGACACUGUCUGUAUCUUCGUGGCUGCUUAUAUCAGGGGCCAGGAUGAUCGUGGUCGCCAGCUGAGACGAUCCUUCGCCAGGUACAUCAACUUGGCGUUCGCUUUAGCCUUCGCCAGAAUCUCUCCCAGAGUCGCCAGAAGAUUCUCCACUUACCAGAACUACAUUGAUGGAGGUUAUAUGACAGCCAAUGAGAAGAUUAUCUUUGAGUUGAUGGAUAAACAGACGUCUCACCACAAGAUCUGGAUGCCACUGGUGUGGGCGUCACUGGUGGCAACACAAGCCAGGAAGGAAGGCCGCUGUCCAGAUGACUACGCUCUCAACUCUAUCAUUAGGGAAGUAACCAAGCUACGCUAUAACUGUGGAAAGUUACAGGAGUACCACACUAUGAGUGUACCGUUGGUCUACACACAGGUGGUGACAAUGGCUACAUAUUCCUAUUUCGGCUUUUCAAUCCUGGGUCGCCAGUUCCUGGAUCCGUCUCAGGGCUACGACAACCACACCAUUGACUUCUACGUUCCCAUCUUCACCUUCCUACAGUUUAUAUUCUACAUGGGCUGGCUCAAGGUGGCAGAGUCACUCCUCAAUCCCUUUGGUGAUGACGAUGAUGACUUCGAUACUAAUGACUUUCUCGACCGCCAUCUGGAAGUAUCGUACAUGAUCGUAGACGUCAUGCACAAGAUGUACCCUGACGUACUAACGGAGUGCGUCAAGGAGGACACAACCAACGUAGACGUAACUUCCAAUAACGUCAACGAAAACAUUAGCAAGGAGAUGCUAACUAACAAGACUAACGUGGUAGUGAAGCCUCCCAGGAGUGACAAGUGUCCGCCCGUCAUCAAGUACUGCCCAGAGUCACCCAGAGCAGGGGAGGGCCGCCCUCGCCGCCACCCAUCUUCACCCUCCCCCAGGAGGCCGAAAUCACCGUCCACAGGCCGGUAUAACAAGGUCAGUGUGUGUGUGGGUACACGAGACGGUAACACCCACACCACCAGGCUGUUUGUACCGGCACUCAGUGAUCUGUACUGGCAGAGUGGCACCAGAGACGAGGCUCAGGGCUGGCAGAGUGGCACCAGAGACGAGGCUCAGGGCUGGCAGAGUGGCACCAGAGCCGAGGCUCAGGGCUGGCAGAGUGGCACCAGAGCCGAGGCUCAGGGCUGGCAGAGUGGCACCAGAGCCGAGGCUCAGGGCUGGCAGGGUGGCACCAGAGCCGAGGCUCAGGACAACCACCACCAUCAUAAUGACAGUGUCACUAUAACCACACUAUCACCUCAAGACUGCAACAGUGUCACCUUCCUGCCCAAGUAGCUGGAUGACAGUGCCAUCCUGUGAUGUCACUCAUCUGACUGACAGUGCCAUCUUGUGACAUCAAUAACUAUUGAAGUCACACUGUGACAUCAAUAACCAACAAUUGAUGCCAGUAUAUGAAUCAAGAGCAGACAGUGAUGUAAGGAGGGUAGUGAUCAACAACACUGUGAUGUAAGGAGGGUAGUGAUCAACAACACUGUGAUGUAAGGAGGGUAGUGAUCAACAACACUGUGAUGUAAGGAGGGUAGUGAUCAACAACACUGUGAUGUACAGACAGUAAUUAAUACAACAUUCUGGUACUUACUUUUCCCUCUUAAUAGAAAUAUUUUUGAUCUAAGUCGUCAAAUAUUGACACUGUAGUAUUAUAAGUAACAGAAUAUUUACUUAGACAACACUUAUAAGUACUGCAGCAGCAUUCUUCACCAGUCAAACUUACUGACUUAUUAAA